AUGCAUUCAUCGUACAGCGUCCAAAGAAAAAGGAUGAAUGUGGCUGACAAUCACAGGAUAAGUUCGAUAAUCACAAUCUUCUUCUACGUGACGUCAUGGAUCACACAGUCUGUUUCCGGUCAGGCGCUCUUUGGCAGGAACAGUCCCUCCAACUUCAUGUUUGUAUCGCCCUCUAGAUAUGGCGCCAGUAAUCCUAACGCACCUUCAGGGGAAAUAAUCCAUAAGUCUUCACUUCCGGCCAAAAACCAAGUACAGUACGCAGGCGCGGGGGCCUCUCUGAAGCCGGGUUAUUGUCCGUCUGUUGUGUUAAUAACGUCCACUAAAUGUGCUGACCUUUGCGGCGAUGACAACGACUGUGUCGGAAUGAAAAAGUGCUGCCGUAAUGGGUGCGGAAAACGCUGCAUUGAGCCUGUGCACCAAGCACAAAAUCCUCCGUCGCAGCAGCAAGCACAAAACGCUCCGCCACAGCAGCAAGCACAAAAUGCUCCGCCACAGCAGCAAGCACAAUACGCUCCGCCACAGCAGCAAGUACAAAACGCUCCGCCACAGCAGCAAGUACAAAACGCUCCGCCACAGCAGCAAGCACAAAAUCCUCCGCCACAGCAACAAGCACAAAACGCUCCGCCACAGCAGCAAGCACAAAACGCUCCGCCACAGCAGCAAGUACAAAACCAUCCAUCAAAUCGCCAAACACAGAACGCCCCGACAGAGCAUCAACCAAUCAUAAACAAUAAACCUGACUUAUUCCCGGGAGUGCCACCCUCACAACUUUACGGAGCCAACCAUUUGCCUAAUACAGUGAAUGGCGGACCUAUGUUCCAUAGACCAAACUCUUCAGCUCCACAAAGCGAGGCAGUGUACAAUCAAAGAAAUCAACCAAACAUAGCGGGACCAAACAACUUCUACCAACAACAACAGGCAGGGACCAACGACCCACAAGGCAACGUCCCAAGCAACGGCAGGGUGGGAUCAUUUUAUCCGCCCUCCACCCCGACCAAUGGUCAACACCAAAUAAACGAGAUUCAGGGUCAGUCUUACAUUCCACAGGGUACAAUCAACAGUCACGCACCUGUAGCAAAUAACCCCUGGACAUCCAAUGCUCAGUCGGCAUCAUACCCGGGUCAUAUUGGAGGACCGGCACCAGAAUACGAUCCCGCAUCGCAUACGAUACAAGGUGGAGCUUCCAACAGUCAACAUAGAAAUAUUCAGAUGGGCGUGUCUCAAAACCAAACAGCUGAAUAUGAUCCACAACCAAAUCUUCCUAGUGGGUCAAAUCCACCGUAUCAAUAUAAUGGAUUACCAAAUGGAAACGGGCAGCCAAACCUAAACAAUCCACCGCCGUAUUCCGCUCCCAACGGACCAAAUAAUCCUUCCCCAGAGACCUAUGACCAAGUUUCUGGGUUGUACAAUCAACAGUUUCCACAGCCCUCUUCUUACAACCCGUCGCAGCCUUAUCACGCCGCGACUGGAGGGUCCAGCUAUCGGCCGGCGGUUCCAAACAACCAGUAUUCUAACCCUGCCGGUGGACCCAACUCGGACCCAUAUCAACAACAGGUCAGCGGAGGAACGAACGUCCACAAUUUUACCACUGAAUAUUCAGGUGGAGCAUAUGAUCCCUCAGUUCAGCAAAGACACCAACAGCAACAUACAGAGAGGGCGAACGGUGAAAGUGUAAGUCACGUAGAAUACCCAAUGGGAGCUCACCAAAAGGAAGGUGGAUCAAACAGCCAGUUUUAUGAUCCAGUAGGACAAACUGGACCAGAUGGAAAUCUGUAUGAACCUCAUCCAAAUAUACCCGGACAAAAUCAAUUUAUACAAGGUCCAAAUCAAAGCGAACCUUAUCAAAAUAAACAUAGUCGUUUUCCAAAUAGACCAACUGUAAAUCAAAAUGAACCUCUUCAAAAUGGAUUCGGUCAAAAUUAUAACGGACCUUAUCGAAAUGAACCCAGUCGAAAUCAAAUUGGACCAUAUCAAAAUAGGGCCAACCAAAAUCCAAGUGGACCUUAUCAAAAUGGGCCAAAUCAUAAUCCAAGUGGACCGUACCAAAAUAGACCAAGUCAAACUCCAAGUGGACCGUAUCAAAAUGGGGCCAACCAAAAUCCAAGUGGACCUUAUCAAAAUGGACCCAGUGAAAGUCCAAGUGAACCAUACCAAAAUGUACCAAGUCAAAAUCCAAGUGGACCAUACCAAAAUGGGCCAAGUCAAAAUCCAAGUGGACCGUAUCAAAAUGGGGCCAACCAAAAUCCAAGUGGACCGUAUCAAAAUGGGGCCAACCAAAAUCCAAGUGGACCUUAUCAAAAUGGUCCCAGUGAAAGUCCAAGUGAACCAUACCAAAAUGUACCAAGUCAAAAUCCAAGUGGACCAUACCAAAAUGGGCCAAGUCAAAAUCCAAGUGGACCGUAUCAAAAUGGGGCCAACCAAAAUCCAAGUGGACCUUAUCAAAAUGGACCCAGUGAAAGUCCAAGUGAACCAUACCAAAAUGGACAAAGUCAAAAUCCAAGUGGACCAUACCAAAAUGGGCCAAGUCAAAAUCCAAGUGGACCUUACCAAAAUAGGCCAGCUCAGAAUAAACCUAAUAUUAACAACGCAGUUUUAAAUACAAAUGGACCUUAUCAAAAUACACACAUGCAAAACCCAAACGGCUUCCCUCAAAGUGGACCUAUUCCAAAUCAAAAUAGACCUCAACAAAUUAGACCUAGGAAUAAUCUAAACGAAGCUUAUCAAAACGGACCCCGUCCAUUUCCAAAUAGACCCAAUCAAGAUGUACACAAUCCCUAUUCAAGCGAACCUUACCAAAACAAGCCAAGUGAAAAUUAUAAUUCAACCCGUGGACACCAAAACGGACCUUUACAAAAUGGACCAGGUCAAAAUCAAAACGGACAAAGUCUCCAGUCAAACUCUCCUCACCACAUACAAACACCAAACAGUGUUCCAAAUCUCCCAGGACAAGAAGGACUGCCAAACUCACCCUACAAUGAACCGCGAAGAUCAGAACCACACCAUAAACCCAAACACACAGAAAAUACACGCAAUACUCAGUACAAUAGUGCUGGCGCGGUAUAUCCUCACCAACAAAUUGCAUAUCAGAAAGCCCAGCGUUCUAAUAAUGUUCUUCAAAUCCGCCCCUAUAAAGUCGGUAAGGGAAACAGUGUUGUGGAGAUUCUUCCUUACGACGGAGAAAGUAGGGUACCUCUUGUGAAUGGAAACACCCAAAACUACAAUCAAGAUCAAUAUCAUCACAAACAGAUAAAUCAAGAGCCUACCAACGCAGUGCAGUAUCCUCAAAACGGCGCAGACAAUUCACUGUACUCCCCUAACACAGGGCCACCGGAAAACAUGAUACAACAAGUAGGAGAACCAGAAGGAAUUCAACAGGUUCAACCAGAGGUCAGGGACAUGAUUCCAAAUAGUGCUGUAAAGUUAAAGCCCAGCAUCUACGGUAGUUACAAGAUCAUCCCGUACGAUAUGAGAAAGUAUGGCAAAUCUAAGCCAAUGAGGAGCAACCUCUCUGGACAAGGCAUUGGUUCCAACAUGAACAGCAAUGCGCCGACGGAAGUAAAAGCGCCAGAAACUAUACCUAAACCGGCCAGCGGAGUCGGACCCUGGCCUGUUGGUUAUGAAGUUACUUCACGGGUUCAUCCGGGCAAUUCGGUGCAGAACCAAGCAUUCAACACAAGACAGCCAAGAACAUAUUCAAACGUUGAACCAAAGAUCCCUGUGGAGAUUAAGCAGACAAAUCAGCAUCAACAAGAGAACCGGGGCUUCAAUGCCCGAACAACGGCAGGAAUAGCCCCAAGAUGGUUCAGUGACAACACCGUUUCAUAUCAGGGCCCCAAGGACAUACACACGGCAGGGCCCGAGUUUCCGGUUCCUGUUGUUGACAAAAGAGUAACGUAUCCCGAGGUAGAAUCACUAGCGACGAUCAAACAUCCUUCAUCAAGUAGCAAAAACAAAGAAGUGUCGCCCAAGUGGGAUAGAAAGGGAAAGGAAUCUUCGCCUCAAAUAUCACCGAUCCCAGUACAAAACGCCUUGAGUACACCUGCAGUAGAACCCAAAGUUGGCCCAAGAGAACCUGAAAGCAUUACCAAAUCACCUUCAUUUACUAAUAUGGUUCAUACCAACGGAGAACCGAGUUCGAAUAAUUAUAACAAUUUGAAGCAGGGACAAAAAGAACAAACGAGCAUUGAACCCGCAGGGAUAGUCCGUGACCCAGGGGUCAACCAAAAAGGUGACGUCACACCUGGACCUAGUAUCAAACCUUCUUCUAACGUAGCAAAAAAUUCAUUUCACGAUCCACACAUGGACAUGAAUCCCAUGAACUCAAUCACCUACAAAGACACCAGGUUUGGAAAGAACUACUAUGAUCCCGUCACCGACCAUGCAACCCUCCAGGAAGUCAACCAGCACAAUCAUUUUGAGUCCGUUCAUUCCAGGACGCGUUCCCAGAACAAGUUCAGUCUUAUGGGAGGCGAUCCGAAUCCGGCUGGUCACGUGUAUAACGCCGCCCCUCCGCUACAAUACAACGCCGCCAAUCUCGGAAUCGUUGACUAUGGUCAGCCCCGCGCAAGCGCUUUUGAGGCACAGCCUGUGAGGAGAGAGAGAAUGGGUUUAAGCGCUAGAGGGGACUCAAGUUACGGUUCAGGGCUCAGCAUCAGCAGAAUAUACCAUGACGUAGGCCAUUCCCGGGCCAUAAUGGAGCCACCCACUUCUUUUGAGUUCAGCUCGGAAUUUAGAAAAGCCACGGCUAAACCCACCUACCGCCCGCCCAUCGAUUCCCUCGGUCAGGUCUAUAUCGACAUCGCCAGGUUUCCGGACAACCCCAUGCAGGCCCCGCCGAACCCUCUCAGCCUCAGCAGUGGAUUUAGGGGACAUAUUCCGGAUCUGCUGACAACUCUGCCACCUUUGGACAAGAGCACGCCCAAGGAGACCCCAAUAUCAUACAUUGAGAAGAAAACCACUGACGCUGUCAGCUCCCUUAAUCUUUUAGAACCCCCUAAGACGGAAAAACCGGCUGAACCCAAAAAUAUUAUCCCGGAAGGAAUGGCGCUUACGGAAACCGGAUCCAAACCCAAGCAAAUGGCGCCAGGUUCUGCGUCGCAGUCAUCACAUUCGGCGCCGAGGCUCGGCAUAAGCUCAACUCUAAUUGGUGCGCCACCGACAAAUACUGGCCCUGAAAAGAAAGUGUUUAACAGAGACGGAUUCAAUCUGUUUAAUGGGUACAAACCUCAGUAUAAGGUUCCUGUAAAGGAAAUCAGGAAUCCGUCUGUCCGUGGUGCUCCGGUUUUUAGUGCUAGAGCGGGUAAAACUCUAAAGAAACAGUGACGUCACAAUCUUUGACGUCAUGAUGCAAAGUAAAAGUCUCAAGACUGAGAAAGCGGUGACUAUAACUCUAUUUAUUUCGUGGGUAUAAGCAGAUAUUUUCGUUUUCAGUUUUGCCGUGGAAGUUUUUUGGUAUUGUACUGUGAAGAAAUGCUUUGAAACGUAAUGAGCGUUUAAAAAAACAGUGACCCGUGAGCUAGUGCAGCGUAGAAUUCGGAUUAUGGAAACUUAAUCCAGCUGAAAGAAAAAAAACCGAAUUUUUAAAAUCAAAACUUUUUGAUAGAAGAUAAUUGAACGAUCAAAUAUGGAAUGUCUCAAUGUUAUUUAAAAUUUAUGAAUCAAACGCAAUGUCGUAUAAUUUUGAAUAUUCGUGUUGACGUUUUCUUUUAUAUGUUUACAUUAAACUUUAUGUAUAGAUAAGUUGUACCGUGAUUUCUAAACGAGGUUAGAUAAGUUGUACGACAGUUUAUAGGGGUGUUCACUUUGGGAUAGUGCAAUAUCUGACGUCUGUGAUAUUAUGUCGAAUUAUAACAACUUUGUAACUUUAA